AUUUUCCUGACUUAUUUCUGCAGGUUACAGAACUUGCUCCUCUUAGAUCCCUACUGGAGUGCCUUAAGGAGCCAGUUCUCCGUCCGAGUUUUCCCGUCAUCUCCCUCUGUGACUUUGCCCUGCAAAUAGCUGAAGGUAUGCAGUACCUAGAGAAUAAGAAGCUAAUCCACAGGGACCUGGCUGCCAGAAAUAUUCUCGUCUUUGCAAAAAAUAAAGUCAAAAUUAGUGACUUUGGCUUAUCUAGGGCUUUAGGAGUUGGCAAAGAUUAUUAUCAAACUAACUUCAAUGUUAAUUUGAAAUUACCUAUUGCAUGGUGUGCCCCUGAAUGUAUCAACUAUCUCCGUUUCACAUCAGCCAGUGAUGUUUGGGCUUAUGGUGUGACACUAUGGGAAAUGUUCAGCUAUGGAUUUCAACCUUGGGCUGCUUUGACCGGACAGCAACUAGCUGAUGAAGCAGCAAGGGCUGGCUCUAAUGCAAUUUUCUGGGGCCCUGAACCUGCACCGGGAAGUUCUCCCACCUCAUUUAGGGCAUCCAUAUUCAAGCUCUACGGCAAAAUUGCCCAUGAGCAAUGUCGCUUUUCUGACGGUCAGAGACAAGCUAAGGAGUUGAAUCGUGACUGUCCUAGUGUACGUCAAAAGGAGCUUUUAAAGCUUAAUAGAAACAGUCUAUGGAAGAUCAUUGGUCUUCUUACUGGACACUGCAUCCUCAGGAGACACCUAUACAUAAUGGGAAUUGAAUCCAAUUCUCUUUGUCGAGGUUGUCAUCUUGAAGAAGAGACAUCACGACAUAUACUUUGUGAUUGUGAGGUCUAUUCUGCUCAAAGAUUUAAGCAUUUAGGGCUGCAUUGCGUCAAAACUUGGAAACUGCAAGAUGUUCCUUGUAAGCCAGAGCAAGUGCAAUCUAUCCAAGAUACAAUAGAAGUUGUCCAGGGCAAAAAAGAAUGGCUUCAUUAUAAAACUGGGGAAGUUAUCACUGUUUUGGAUAAAAGACCUUUACCUGACAGCAUCAACAUCUGGAAGGGUGUUUUAAUCAAUGGGAAAACAGGGCUCUUCAAUCCUGCUCACACUGUUGCCUACCUUACAAAUUUUCCCACUCACAGGCCAAGUUUCUCAAGGGCAGAUUCCAAAUGCGGCCUCUAUGCCAGUCGAAGAAGGUUGAAAACUGAUAUGAUUUCUCGUCCCCAAGGAGAUUUCAAGCACACUGGUCAUGUUGGGUUAGACGGAGCAUUUUUUGGUGACAUAUCGUUUUUAGGUGAUAAAUAUCACCAACUUCCAAGGCAAAUAGUUACUCCAUAUAAGCCCCAGGAUGACAAAGAGAAUGUGAGUCCUACGCUAACCACUCUGUCUACUGACUCUUCAGAUAAGAUCCCUCUUCUCAAGAAGUUCAGCACAUCAGACGGAAGGAGUGGAUCUUCGUCUGAUAAUUGGUCAGAAAUGAUGAACGAUCAGCCUCCUAUUACGCUCCUUGAUCCACCUCCAAAGAGAAAUAGCAAAGAGGGGGUCUUACCUGACCAUGAGUAUACUGAAAUAAGUGAUGAUGAAGACUUUGGAAAUUUUAUGGAAAAUUCUAAAUUUGAGGUAAUUUUAUUUGUUUUUCCUUUAAUGAAUAUCCUCACCCACAUUACGAAACUAAAUUCAUUGA